AUGCAUGCUGGUCAUCUUAGAUCAGCUAUCAUCGGUGACACUAUGGCUCGCAUGCUCGAGUACUCAAAGGGGAGAAACCAUGUUGGUGAUUGGGGAACACAGUUUGGGAUGAUAAUUGAGUACCUCUUUGAGGAGUUUCCUGAUUCAGAUAGUGCGGCGGAGGUUUCAAUUGGAGAUCUUCAGGGAGAAAGCUUUUACAAACCUUAUAUCGAUAACAUGAUUGAGGAAUUGAAUAGCAAAGGCAUGGUUGAAGAAAGUGUGAUUUUCAUCAAAGACUUCAAAAUCCCACUCAUGCUUGCUGCGAGAAAUGCAGGUUGGCUUCCAGAGAAUGAUAAAACUUACCCUAGAGCUAGCCAUGUUACGUUUGGUGUAGUCACCCGGGAAGAUGGCAAGCGAUUUAGAAACCGUGAUGGAGAGAUAAUCCCCUUAACUGAUUUGCUAGAUGAGGCCAAGACUCGCAGUAAAGCUGCCCUUGUUGAGCGUGGUAAGGUCAAAGAAUGGACACUCGAGAAGCUAGACCAAACAGCUGAGGCAGUUGGAUAUGGUGCGGUGAAGUAUGCAGACUUGAAGAAUAACAGGCCUACACCGUAUGUUUUCAGCUAUGAUAAAAUGCUUGAUGACAAGGUGCUGGAAUUCGCUGAAAAAGACAGGAGAGCUCUGAGGCUUCACUUGCUUCGGUUUGCUGAGGUCAAUGGUUCAGCAGAGGAGACAAGCCGUCUCCUACUAUGUGAAGCAACGGCCAUAGUCAUGAUGAAAUGCUUCCACCUUCUUGGAAUCACUCCUGUUAAUGAGAUUUGA